AUGCGUGGGAAGAGUUUGGACGAUUGGGAUAACCUAACAGCGAAGCUCAUGAGGGUGACUUUCGCACACACCAAUGUAGGCAUUUCACCAUGGCCGCAACAUAUCCUUCAUGCUUCUUGGCUCGAAAACUUCAGCAUCAUGGAGACACGGAUUUUGGAUCCCCGCCAACGCCCUGCAGGCGAGCAUUUGGAGCCUCGUCGACCAAAGGAUCCCAAAUGGCGUGCACAGCAUGGGGACCUGCGAGCAGAUUUGGGGCCCAUGUACCCCAUCAUCAACAUUUGCUACCCUGAUGGAGCUGCUGCCGUGCAAUGCCAGGCGGAUGGUGCUGGGGUAGCUACCUACCCAUCUGGUCGAAAAGCUGUAUGCGUCUUGCCACACCACCAGUCUCGCCGCUUCAGUGCCUUGAUCUAUGCACGCUCCGAGAUCCACGUGCGCUCCGCGGUACCGGAUGAGCUGCGCCCAGCGCAUCAGCCGCCACACCCCGACGAUGCGAAACGGCGGCGCACGCGACAUCUGGGAGCGCUGGACGAAUGGGGUCUGGGCUUGUUGGAGUCCUUGCCAGAUGGCGCUGGAGGGCGAGGGAGCUAUGAGGUCACGGCCAGCCAUGUGACCGUGAGUGCAGCCGGUAGCCGUGUCCGUGUGUCGCGGAAGCUGGGUGCGAUGGGUGAGAACGAAGCUUUGUCUCUGCGGCUGACACCAGAGCUGGUGGCCUCCUACCAUGCCGCUACGGGCACAACAAUCUUGGAUUUCAGCUGUGACGGGGUGUCAUACAGCUUCCACAUCGGUGAGGUGUGGAAGCUUGGAGAUCGUGGCCUGAAAGCUACACAUCCGCUGGAGGUGUCUGAGCAGAUUGUCCUGGCCUCCCAAAAGUCCCUGGACAACUCGCAGACCUUAGUCGAGACAACCUCGAACUUGCAGAAAACGCUCAAGACCAGCGCGUCUUGCCCAUCCUUGGGCGACAAGACCUUGAAGAAAUCUUCUUCGGAGUCAUCGAUGAGACUUCCCUUGAAUGCCUUUAGAGAGUUGAGCGAGGGGCGCUUGGACUUCAGAGAGGAGCACCACCUGAAGAUGCUGACAGGCAAGGUUCACCCAUCUCUGGCAAGGCCAAAGAUCACCAAGACCAUGAGGGAAGGCUAUGUGUGGCCAGCAGCCCAUCCAGGGAAGCCGCCGGUUGAGCCCCUGCAGAUUGCCCAGCCCGUGAGCCUGGAGAAGAUCAAAUGCGCUGAGGUGGAACAGCGGGCAGCUUCCAUGGAGUCCGGACAGAUGUUGGCUGUUUUGGUGGUUGCCUCCUGGUCAAAGCAAUCUCACUACAGCUCCAGUGCACAUGCGGAGAUUGUGGCCCAGGCAGCUUUCUCGGAGCUCAAAGCUGCGGGUGAGGGCCGCCUGGUCUUCUGCGUGGCCGACCUCUCCGAGGCUGGCGCCAUCCACUCCAGCACAAAGUUCGAGAAUCCCUUGGUCGUGAAUUAUGGAGUGAAGGAGGCGCCCUGGUUGUUGCUCUUUGCGCGUGGUGAUUUGAUCUUGAGCGAAAAUCCUCAUGCUCCGAACACCGGUGGCCUGGGCUUCGCUGCACGCCUCAGGUACAAGGCCUUUGCCUUACCGCAAGUGCUGGUCGUCGAGCCCGCCCCGGCAGCCGCUGCCAUCCAGCAGAACGCAGCUGCGGUGGCGCAAGAGUCCAACGGGCGGCUGAAGGGCACACAGAAUGUGGUCAACAAUUUCCAGCUGCAGCUGCAAACCCAAGAAGUGCUGAAGCGCGCAGGUUACAAUUACGAGCUGGCCAUCAACGGCAGUGAUGCCUUGCGCCUGGCCAGUUGUGCCCAACCGCCCUAUGGCUUGCUGCUUUGCAGCUCGCAGGUAGGUGCGACGGCCUUCACUGAGCUGGCGGCACGGAUGCGUCAGCGGAACAAAAAGCUUUUGGCUUUCGUUUGCCAUGACGCAAAGCAGCUGGGCGACUUUGAUGAUGCCAUGCAAAACCUCAUCAGAGAUCCUGAGCAAGUGGCCGGGGUGAUCUUCCGGCCCAUCACUCGAACCUCACUCCAGAGUGCGUUGCGUGGACAUCCGGAAGCGAAUGUGAAGUAUCCCACCUGUGGCAUGGUAAAGGAGGACAUUGUAGAUCUCAUUAAACGAAAGCUUAGCAGCAUCUGCUCGGAGCCUGAGCCUCGACAUCUGGCGCGCCUGGCGAGUCGGAAGGAGCCACUGGAGCUGCGCAGCUUCAGUGUACCGGGCAAGCUGGUGCUGCUCCUGGACCACCGGGAGGUGGGUGCUAGCAAGGAGCAUGCCCUGAAGGGUGCCAUGCUCAGUGAGCUGCAAAAGCGCCUGGGCGUUGAGGCCGUGGAGGCCGUGGGCGGAGAGGGGGCAGAGAUCGGAUUUGAUGCCCGCGUUUUGCCCUUGGGAGACGUGCUUUGGAUCUGGCGGAAUGAGAAGGGUGAGGUCCUUCUCGGUCGACUGCGCCGGGUGGGUCCGGCCGCGGCUUUGGGCAGCGCUUGGCCGGGCCACGGCUCUGCGAAAAAGCACUCAGCAGCAGUGCCAGCCAUACGCCACGUCUCCUACGAGGAUUUCGCGGAGCGCACCAAGAAGCAUGGCCAGCGGCGAGUCUUUGAGGCCUUUGGCCGAAUGCUGCGAGUGGUGCCGGGAUGUGGUGCUGAGGCCACAGAGGCACUGGUGGAUGAGUUCCAGACACCGCAGGCAAGUCACGCGGAGCGCGCUGGCGGCGUGCCGCGCGCUCUUUGCCGGGUGACCCGGUGCGGCUGGAUGUACUGGCAGUUGACCCUUUUCCUCAGCACUGUUGCGUUGGCUGCAGCGGACAGUGUUUGGGGUCUGCCAGAUGCACCAACGCAGUCACCCAAGAAGCUUCGGGGCUCUGCCCCGGCUCCCGCACCAUCCGGUGAGGACAUUGUAGCGGGUGCUCAGAAACAGGCCCAGCAGGCACAGGAACAGGCACUUCAGGCUCAACAGGCCAUGCACUUAGCAAAGAAGAUUGCCGCAGAGGAGAAGCAGGCGAAGCAGGCUGAGAGAACUGCAGAGGCACAAAUGGCGAAGGCUUCAGAGGAUGAUGCCAAGGCAAAGAAGGAGCAAGCUGAUCUUGCUGCAGAAAGGCGAAAGGUUGAGAAAGAAAUGGCAUAUGCGCAGAACUUGAAAGCCACUGAGGAGAAGAAGGACGCAGCGAUCCGGGAUGCGAAGUCGAUCGCAGAUGCAGAGAUGGCCAAGGUGCAAGCUCGUGAAAAUCAUUUGGCGAAGGAGGAGAAGAAGAACGUGGCUGAGAGGCAGCAGGCUGAUGAGGAGAUGGCGAGAGCUCAAAAGGAGUCAGAAGCAGCAGAGGAGAAGGCUCGAAAAGCCAAUGCAGAUGUGGAAAAAGCGGAGAAGAUGGACGACGAUGCCCAUCGUACCAAGUCCCAUGCGGAUCGAGAGAUGGAGCGUGCUGAACACCUCAUGGGCAUUGCCAGGAAGAUGCAUAAGGAGGAGUUGGAAGCAAUGGCGGCGGUGCGUCAGAUGGAAGCUGAAGCGAAGCACGACUUGGAAGUGGCUUUCCACGAAAAGGACACGGCCAAACAAGAGGCCAGCACUGUGGGAACCUGA